AAGCAGCAACAGCAAACCGCCAGCACUGACCUCACGUGAACUUAAAAUGUCGUUUACAACUUCACAGGCAGUUCAGAAGUAAAGAGAGAGGUAGUAGCCGUUUCAGUCAGCGGAAACAAGGAAGUGAGCAGCUGACUGCCUUCCAGUUGUUCUCUGCUGCCGCUGGGCAAGAACAAUGGUAUGCAGAUGUUGGCUGUGAGGUUUCCUGUGUCAAGAAGACGCUUCUACGCUGGGACAUGACUCUCUACCUCAGUCCACGUGGAGUCCACGCCAUCUUUUCUACCUCUUAGGACAGCUGCUGUUGUUUUAUUUUUUCUGUUUUCUUCUUUCUUUCCUACCUCAGCACAUACUUUAUCAAACUUGUUAUCAGCCAACAGACUUUCGUCUAUGACCAGGCCUUCAAGUUUUAGUCACCCAGUCACGGUCUAUCACAGUUGACUGGUUUUGUUCUUGCUUAGUAGCCACCUUCAUCACAACCUACCCCCUUUGACGGCAGGAGCAACCUGAAGGAGCCAUGUCACAUUGGAGUGUGUGAUGUUGGAGCCCUGUGUAGGAGCAGCAAGAAAAAACAGAGACAAACCAGGGUUGGAGCUGCAGAGACAUUCCUCAGUUUGUGGUUGGCUAUGAAAGUUAUCAACGUGACAUGGGCCAAAUGGACGCAGGCAUGAAGAACGAGUUGUUUCGAGAAGAGGAAAUGGACGAUGAUGAUGAGUCGCCCUCAGAGCGACAGAUUGUGGUCGGCAUAUGCGCGAUGACAAAGAAAUCCAAAUCCAAGCCCAUGACUCAGAUCUUGGAGCGCCUUUGUAAGUUUGACUACAUUGAUGUGGUCAUCUUUCCUGAGGAGGUCAUCCUGGAGGAGCCUGUGGAGAAAUGGCCCCUCUGUGAUUGCCUCAUCUCCUUCCACUCCAAAGGUUUCCCUCUGGACAAAGCAGUGGAAUAUGCCAAACUUAGGAAUCCACUGCUCAUCAAUGAUCUCAACAUGCAGUAUUUCAUUCAGGAUAGGAGGGAAGUGUAUCGGAUCCUGCAGGAGGAGGGCAUCGACCUGCCUCGUUACGCUGUGCUGAACCGAGACCCUGACAAUCCUGAAGAGUGUAACCUGGUGGAGGGGGAGGACCAAGUUGAGGUGAAUGGGGAGGUGUUCCAUAAACCCUUUGUGGAGAAACCAGUGUGCGCAGAGGACCACAACGUCUACAUCUAUUACCCAACAUCUGCCGGAGGAGGAAGCCAAAGACUCUUCAGAAAGAUAGGGAGCCGUAGUAGUGUGUACUCCCCAGAAAGCAGUGUACGAAAGACUGGCUCUUAUAUCUACGAGGAGUUCAUGCCGACAGAUGGCACUGAUGUAAAGGUUUAUACAGUGGGCCCGGACUAUGCUCACGCUGAGGCCAGGAAGUCUCCAGCACUGGAUGGGAAGGUAGAGAGGGACAGCGAGGGGAAGGAGAUACGCUACCCAGUCAUGCUGACCGCCAUGGAGAAACUGGUGGCCCGCAAGGUCUGCCUGGCAUUCAAGCAAACAGUGUGUGGGUUCGACCUGCUCAGAGCCAAUGGCCAUUCGUUUGUCUGUGACGUUAACGGCUUCAGCUUUGUCAAAAACUCCAUGAAAUACUACGACGACUGUGCCAAAGUCCUGGGGAAUAUGGUAAUGAGGGAGUUAGCCCCCCAGCUCCACAUCCCCUGGUCCAUCCCCAUGGAGGCUGAAGACAUCCCCAUCGUCCCAACAACCUCAGGAACCAUGAUGGAGCUGCGCUGUGUUAUCGCCAUUAUCCGACACGGAGACCGCACGCCAAAGCAAAAGAUGAAAAUGGAAGUCCGCCAUCCUCUAUUCUUUGAACUGUUUGAAAAGUACGGAGGAUAUAAAACAGGAAAGCUAAAACUCAAAAAACCAAAACAGCUGCAGGAAGUGCUGGACAUCGCUCGCCUGCUCCUGGUCGAACUGGGUCAGCAUACUGACUGUGAGAUUGAGGAGAAGAAGUCCAAACUGGAACAGCUUAAGACUGUUCUGGAAAUGUAUGGUCAUUUCUCAGGUAUCAACAGGAAAGUCCAGCUCACCUACUUGCGGAAUGGCAAACCUAAAGCAUCCAGUGAGGAAGAAGAUUCUAAGAAGGAUGGCCCAUCUCUGCUGCUGGUGUUGAAGUGGGGUGGGGAGCUGACGCCUGCAGGCCGGGUUCAGGCUGAGGAGCUGGGCAGGGCUUUUCGCUGCAUGUACCCCGGAGGUCAAGGUGACUAUGCCGGGUUUCCUGGCUGUGGCCUCCUGCGCCUGCACAGCACUUACCGCCAUGACCUGAAGAUCUACGCCUCUGACGAAGGAAGGGUGCAGAUGACGGCUGCUGCUUUUGCCAAGGGUCUGCUGGCUCUAGAAGGGGAGCUCACGCCCAUCCUGGUUCAAAUGGUAAAGAGUGCCAACAUGAACGGUCUGCUGGACAGUGACAGCGAUUCUCUGACUGACUGUCAGCAGAAAGUGAAAGCCAGGCUGCACGAGAUCAUGCAAAAGGACCAGGACUUUACAGAGCAGGACUACCAAAAGUUGGCUCCGACUGGCAGUCCGUCACUGGUGAACUCCAUGAAGGUCAUAGAGAAUCCAGUCAAAACUUGUGACAAGGUGUAUGCCCUCAUCCAGAGCCUUACAUCGCAGAUCCGAAAGAGACUAGAGGACCCCAAGUCUGCAGACCUACAGCUUUACCACAGCGAGACGUUGGAGUUGAUGCUACAGCGCUGGUCUAAGCUGGAGAGAGACUUCCGCAUGAAGAAUGGGCGCUACGACAUCAGCAAGAUCCCAGAUAUCUACGACUGCAUCAAAUAUGACCUUCAGCAUAAUGCCUCUCUUGACCUGGAGGACACGCGGGAACUUUUCAGACUGUCCCGUGCUCUGGCUGAUAUAGUCAUACCACAGGAGUAUGGCAUCAACAGAGCAGAGAAAUUGGACAUCGCCCAGGCUUAUUGUGUUCCCCUGAUGAAGAAAAUCCAGCUGGACCUGCAAAGGACCCAUGAGGACGAGGCUGUCAACAAGUUGCACCCUCUGUAUUCUCGGGGUGUCAUGUCUCCUGGGCGUCACGUCCGCACACGCCUCUACUUCACGAGCGAGAGCCACGUUCACUCCCUGCUCAGCAUCUUCCGCUACGGCGGCUUGCUGAAUGAGGAGAAGGACCAGCAGUGGAAGCAAGCAAUGGACUACCUGAGCGCUGUGACUGAACUCAACUAUAUGACACAGAUAGUCAUCAUGCUGUACGAAGACAACAACAAGGACCCCUCCUCAGAGGAGCGCUUCCAUGUGGAGCUUCACUUCAGUCCAGGAGUAAAAGGAUGUGAAGAUGAAGAGACUAUUCCUCUUGGAUUCGGCUUCCGGCCGGCCUCCUCAGAGAAUGAAGACAAGAAGCCUAAUCAGGGCAGUCUGGAGGACCUUUCUCAGGAUGAGCCGGACCAGGCACUUCAAGUCUCCGAUCCAAUCAACAUUCAGCGAAGGUCUCCCAUGAUUCGGAACCGCAAGACUGGCUCCAUGGAGGUCCUCUCUGAAACCUCCCCCACCCAUUCCGCCAAAGGCUGCACAUCCCAUCGACUCUUCAUAUCCUGCUCACGCCAGUCUCCUGAGAUCAAACCAGCCAGUGGCUUAGGCUCGCUCUGCUCUGGCCUCUUCAGUGCCUCAGCCCUCGGGGUGUCCUGUAGUGCCCCCAACCUUCGGGACUACGUCCGCACACACCACCGUCACCACCACCCGAAGCCUCCUCUGUCCCCCGGCAGUUUGCCGUGCAAGAGUGAGCUGUUGUCUAUGCCGGCAGUAAAGAGAUUUUCUGUGUCGUAUGCCAGGCAUCCGACUAAUGAGCCCUCGGACGUGCCUAACGUAACCCAGCUGCUGGAGUGGCUGCCUGCUGAGACAGCCCUGCUGGGGUUUGCCCCUCUGGCUGUGGAUGGGGCCAUGGCCCACCACCUGCGUCACUGCCCCUACCACUUCCGCCUCUUCAAGACUGAGCUGGUGUCUAGUCAGGAGCUCCCAGAGUCUCACUACGGCUUUGAAGGAUGCUCCAUGGUGCCUUCCAUCUACCCGCUGGAGACGCUGCACAACUCACUUUCCCUGAAGCAGGUGGACGAGUUUCUCAACUCGGUGUGUGAGAGCAACAGUGAGGUCCAGGCCAAAACCAUGAAAGCGCUCUCUGGCUUGUUUGCCUCUCAGAGCCAGAUUUCUCUCUAUAGCCCGCAGCAGCCUCUUUCCUCUUCUGGAUCUGAAGCAUCUCUUCGACCGCCUAGCCAGCCUUUGUGGCAUGGCAGCAUCCCCUCCAGUGCUGUAUCCAGUGCGGGCCCCUCAUCCCCGAUUACAGAGUCUUCUGGUCUGAACUUCAGCUUCAGUGAGUAGGCCGUCUGUUUGGAGAACCACGAGGACCUCUGGGAAUCGGAGGCCACGGUGUAACGACUUCACUUCCUGCGCUGUUAUUCAGCCUUCUGCUCAUAUUCACGAUGUCAGACGCGAUAUGAUCAAACAAACUGUGCACAGUGAUUCUCCUGCUGCACCCCCACUGCAUCACCACUGACUGCACUAUCCUCACCACGCCUGCUCUUCUCCAUAAAGAGGAAAUAAAGAAAAAUACGUGGGACCUCUCAUCGCCUCAAUCCACCUCCUCAGAUCGCUCACACUUUCCUGAACCGUCCAUUGUGCCAACAUUCAGACCAUUUGUGCCUUUAGUUUAAUUUGGAUCAGAGCAGUUCUUGCUAUUUGCUCUGGAGAUGUUUUUUUCCCUCACACAUCAGCAGUCUGUUUUUCUCACCUGAACUGCCGACAUUUCCGGUUCAAAUGCGUCACGGGCUUUAAGUCUGUGGUGGAUUUCAUCCAAAGAUGUCAGCACGCCUGCUUUCUAACCAAGAAUUAGAUUAUCAAUACUGCUCUCAUAUCUAGCUGCUAGCUCAGCUUGGCAAAUACACUGGGAAUGGGGAAACAGCCUGUUUUAAAGAUGGCAGAACAGUAGUAGUCUUUUCUUUUUAUGAAUUCUAUGUUUUAUCUUUUUUUCUUUUUUUUAAUAAUAAGUAAAUUGAACAUUAAGUGUUAGUUUUUCAAGCAGUUGUACCUUAGACAAGGCCACUGUUAGCUGUUUCCAUUCCUUAAAAAGGCUGAACUACCUGCUGGAUUUGAGAGUUAAUCAUGUUAUUUAAGGCUUCAGUCAUACAGACUUGGAGACCAGUUAGCAACCUGCUGAUGUUGUCGCAGUCACGUGUAGUUUGCAUGGAAGAUGCCAGUCUGUCUGUAAACACCUCCGUCAAUAAACCAGACAAACAGGAUGCACAAACUGAAACCAGAGGUUCAUCUACUAAAAAUGUCAGACAAGUUUGAAUCUAAGAGGUGUGAAAAUCUUGUGAUCACUCAAGUCUGGUUUGCUUCGCACUUUUCACAGUUUCACUGCUGCUUGGUGACUGUUUGUUGCCAGAUGUGCAGACAACAGAUGGGAUCUGCAACAGCCACCAACCAAUCGCCAACUGGAUUUUGGAUACAUAUUUUUCCCUAGUUGUUGCCGACCCUUCUCUAAGCCUGUUUGUGACUGAAGUCUAUCCUGUUGCAAGAAAAGAAGGAAGGGUAAUUUAACCAAAAAUGUCAAAAUGUUCCUAUAUCCGUUUCACACAUCAAACGUCUGGAUUACAAAAUCAGUUCUCCCGCAGACUGAAAACCAUCAUGUAAAGCUUGUAACACUGUAACCAAAGCAACCACAGCCCAAAUACUCUCUAAUGUAACAUACAAAGCAUCUGCAGAGAUGCAAGUUUGCAGUGUGCCUGAUAAAUUAUUGCUCACAUGAUUUGUUUUACGUCAUGCAUUAAACAAAAAAGAGUAGUAUAUUUUAUAAUUUUUCACUCGUGCCAGCCUGAUCAAGCUGUUUAGCUCUGUGUUCUUCAGCUGUUAAGUAGGAACAAAGACGCAUCUGUAAAUGUGCCUUCAGAUAAUAAUGUGAUAUUAAAUCCAAAUGUUAGGAAUCUGCUGUAUUCUUUUACUGAGAUGUUUUAGAGUUACAGGGAUAAGCCACUUGAUUAAGUGAGUAGUAUAGCUGUGUCUGCAAUCUGUCACCAUAUAUUGAGAUGUGUUUUUAAUGUCAAAUGACUGUUUCUCAUCUCAUUAAUCAUGCUCAGGUAAAGCAGUAUAAUCCAAAGGUUGCAACUGGUUCAUCAGUUUGUGACUGAACUGUUGGACGGUCAGUUCACUUUCAAUUCAGAAAAUAAUUACAGUUAAUUGAAAUUCCAAAAUAUAUGUAUAUACUUUGACAAAAGCCUGUAAACAAAAUGAAAAGCUGAAUGUAAUUGUGGGCAUUGUGUUCAGUCGGCAUUGUCAGCUUUAACAAAGUAUAAACAGCAGAGGGGGGAAAGUCCCUCUUUUCAUUACAAAGCAGUUCAAUUGAAAAACAAACUGACCUUCGAAACUUGAAACGUCUGCUGUUGAAUGAAUUUCUGAAUUUUAGCCAUCUUGUAUAAGAGUUCUAGAUUUUUGAUUUGAAGGCUUAUAACCUGUUUUUAUCGUAAUUGUGAGUUGAUGUUGGUGUAGUUGUGUAUUUAUGUGGUUAUUUAAUGUCAGCCAAAGAGAGGUGCGUGUGUGUGCGCGCUCUCUUUAACGAGGUUUAAAGGUGUAAGAUGUCUGUGAUGCCCUGUCUUCUGUGGUUCAGGUCAGGCUGUGACAUCGGGGAAAGGAGAGGGGCAAUAAUAAAAAGAGAAAAUAAAGACUGAAA